GGAUGGAGGAGACCUUCAGGAAACACCGGCUCUAAUAUGGAUCGCGGGGGAUGCGUUUGCACGGGAAGGGGGGGAUACAUGAUGCACUUAUAUAUAUAUAUUCACACAAAAACAAAUUUGUUGUCGCACGAGCACGGGUUAUUGUGUGUGUAUAUGUGUAGUGUGUUUGUAUGUAUAUGUGUGUGUGUGUAUACUGUAUUUGUAGCUGGCCAGGUGCAUCAUUACAGCCGUGUCAGAUACACACAGCGGGUUCUUCCAUGUUUUCCGCUGCAGUUCUCCCGGCCAGGGCCCUGCUCGUGUUUCACGAGCUGUAUUUUCUCCGCGAGCUCACUGCAGCUGUAGCUAUGCUUGUUAGCAUCCGUGCUAGCGCGCGAGCUACACCGAAAUACGCUCUCUCGGUUACACCGACAUCUGAGGCAGCAGCUCGCGCAGUGCAUUGUUCAAACCCUGCAGCCUGUCCUCAAUAUGAACUCUGAAUCUAUUUCCUCAAUUCCUGAUUCGUCUAGCUUCCAUAAAACUCGCCUUGUUAUUGCACGACUAUCUGAAGCAUGUCUAUAUUGUAUAUUAUACACCCUCAAUAUAUAGCUAGUGCUCGUUCAGGCAGUGUAAUCAUUUGUAGCUCGUGCUGGCCUUCAGUUGGUUGGUGUGUGUGUGUGUGUGCGCGCGCGCGUUACAUCUUUACAGGUGCCUGUUUUGAAAUCUAUCUGCUGCUACAACACACAUGCUACUGUUGCUAGCCUCAUUAAAAGCCACUCUGACACAUUAAAUAUGUUUCUGUGAAAUAAUUUAUGGUGUGUUUAUCAGUUCUGGUGUUGGUUGACGUGGUGUAUUUCUUAUUGUUAUUCCUGUGAGAAGAUCAUGGUGUUGUGUCGUCAUGGGGGACACUGCUAAAGCAAAUGCAGUGCUGUUUAAUAGGGAACAAUAAAUUCCCUAGUCUCAAACAUGAGGAGUGAUAACGGUCAUGGUUUCGAUCAUGAUUACCUUUUAAAAACAACACAGCAAGAGCUGCCUUUCUCAUUUAUCGUUUUCCAUAUGUCUUAUUAGUGGAAAAUGCAUUGGAGACAGCAAACGUUGAAAUAAUGUUAAGAUCUUGCCCUGGUCCAAAUUUAGUUCUUAUUGUACCAAAUUUUGACCAGUGUGUCACCGUGGCUUUAUGGUUAGCUGCCCUGCAUCUUCAGAAUCCGGGUCCGAUUUCCGCUUCUUGUCUGUGUACAUGUUCUCCCAGUGCUUGGUGGGUUUCCUCUCAUAGUCCAUAGACAUGCAGGUUAGGCUAAUUGGCGUUCCCAAAUUGCCUGCUGCAUGCGUGUGUGUGUGGGGCCUGCGAUGGAUUGGCACUGCUUUCAGGGUAUACCCUGCCUUAUCCCCCAAGUCUCGUGAGCUAGGCUUCAGGCCCUUUGUAACCCUGUACACAGGAUAAAGCUGUAUUGACAAUGAGUGAGUAAGUAAGUAAUGACCAGCAUAAUGAGAAAUUUGGUGGACGAGCAAAUCACUGGAGCUUUAAAUUAAACAAUGUCACAUGAACGGGAGUGCCAUUGUGCAUGAAUUUGCACCUGCAACUAAUGAACUGUGACUGGCCGAGCUUGCAACCAACAGUUAGUGUGACAGUUGUAUAGCCAAAAGAUAUGGAAUAUCAAACAGAUGAUUAAGCUGACUCAAGAGCACAUAGAAGCACUUCUGGACAAGUUUGGUGGUGAACACAACCCUCCAUCCAUAUACCUGGAGGCUUAUGAAGAGUACACCAGUAAACUUGACGCUUUACAGCAGAGGGAACAGCAGCUGCUGGAGGCCAUAGGGAAUGGCACAGAGUUCUGCUCCUCCCCCACUCCAGCACCACUGGAGGUCAGGUUGGGUGUGACCCAGAGCGCUGCUGCUGCCCCCAACACCUUGGCAGUGUUGCAGGCCCCAACUGAUGCCACCCGCGCUAACCCACGGUCACCCCAGAAACCCAUUGUCAGAGUCUUUCUGCCUAAUAAACAGAGGACGGUGGUUCCAGCACGUUGUGGGAUGACUGUAAGGGACUCAUUAAAGAAGGCUCUGAUGAUGCGAGGUUUGAUUCCAGAAUGCUGCGCUGUCUACAGGAUUCAAGAUGGAGAGAAGAGGCCCAUUGGCUGGGAUACAGACAUUUCUUGGUUAACCGGGGAAGAGCUUCACGUAGAGGUUUUAGAGAAUGUUCCCCUGACAACCCAUAAUUUUGUAAGGAAGACCUUCUUCACGUUGGCCUUCUGCGAUUUCUGCCGGAAGCUGCUUUUCCAGGGCUUCCGCUGCCAGACAUGUGGCUACAAAUUCCACCAGCGCUGCAGCACUGAGGUGCCCCUCAUGUGUGUCAACUACGACCAGCUUGAUUUAUUAUUGACCUCCAAGUUUCUGAUACACCACCCCAUGACCCAGGAGGAGGUGUCUUCAGAGGGCACCACCCCUGUGUCAGAGGUGUGUCCAUCUAUCCCACCAUCUGACUCCAUGGGGUCGCUGUGCCAUCCGACCGUGUCCCCGUCCAAAUCCAUCCCCAUCCCUCAAAGUUUCCGGCCAGGGGAGGAAGACCACCGCAAUCAGUUUGGCCAGAGAGACCGCUCUUCCUCAGCCCCCAACGUCCAUAUCAACACGAUCGAGCCAGUCAACAUUGAUGACUUGAUUCGUGAUCAAGGUUUACAGAGGUCGGAUGGAGGCUCCACCACUGGACUCUCGGCCACACCCCCUGCCUCCCUACCCGGUUCCCUGACUAAUGUGAAGGUGCCACAGAAGUCGCCGUGCCAACAGCGGGAACGCAAGUCGUCAUCCUCGUCUGAGGACCGCAAUAAAAUGAAAACACUGGGCCGACGGGACUCCAGUGAUGACUGGGAGAUUCCAGAGGGGCAGAUCACGCUGGGCCAGAGGAUAGGAUCGGGAUCUUUUGGAACUGUCUACAAGGGAAAGUGGCAUGGUGACGUGGCAGUCAAGAUGUUGAAUGUCACUGCUCCCACUCCUCAACAACUGCAGGCAUUUAAGAAUGAAGUAGGGGUCCUCAGGAAAACUCGACAUGUCAAUAUUCUUCUCUUCAUGGGCUACACCACCAAGCCACAGCUGGCUAUUGUGACUCAGUGGUGCGAAGGCUCCAGCCUCUACCACCACUUGCACAUAAUCGAGACCAAGUUUGAGAUGAUCAAACUAAUCGACAUCGCCCGCCAGACGGCCCAGGGCAUGGACUAUCUACAUGCCAAGUCCAUCAUUCACAGAGACCUAAAGAGCAACAAUAUCUUCUUGCAUGAAGAUCUGACGGUUAAGAUUGGUGAUUUCGGUCUGGCUACAGUGAAAUCACGCUGGAGUGGAUCGCACCAGUUUGAGCAGCUGUCAGGCUCAAUCCUGUGGAUGGCUCCUGAAGUAAUUCGACUACAGGACAAGAACCCGUACAGCUUUCAGUCAGACGUCUACGCUUUCGGUAUCGUCCUGUAUGAGCUGAUGUCAGGGGCGUUGCCUUACUCCAACAUUAACAACAGAGACCAGAUCAUCUUCAUGGUGGGCCGAGGUUAUCUCUCCCCUGAUCUGAGUAAAGUGCGCAGCAACUGCCCCAAGGCCAUGAAGAGACUCAUGGCUGACUGCUUAAAAAAGAAGCGAGAGGAGCGACCUCUGUUCCCUCAGAUCCUAGCCUCUAUUGAGUUGUUGGCACGCUCACUACCCAAAAUCCACCGCAGCGCCUCAGAACCGUCCCUCAACCGAGCUGGCUUCCAGACAGAAGACUUCAGUCUCUACGCCUGUGCCUCGCCAAAAACACCUAUUCAGGCUGGAGGCUAUGGGGAGUUUUCAGCCUUUAAGUAGUGCUGCUGCAGACGUAAACACGCAUCCCUGGUCACUUUUUCAGAUGUCUUGUAUUCCUACAGUGGGUUCAUCUUUAAAACUGAAAACAUCUAAUUUUGAAGAAUGUGCUGUUUUUCCUUCCUCUUAACCCGAAAGCAAUGGUAUUGACGGAAUCACUAUUUUAAAAACGAGUAAAAAAAUAAAAAAAACAAUAAAACAAUGAAAAAGCCUCAGCUGAGCAUCAUGGCUGAAUAAAAAAUAAUAAUAAUCACCACAACUUAAAAAUCCAAACGACACGGAUUUGCAGAAACAUGAGGAUGACCACUGGAUAAAAAAAAAAAUAAAUAAAUAAAAAAAAAAGACAAAUGAAGGAAUUUGAUUGAAGUCUUGCUAUGAAAGCAGGGACCUUAAUGACGCCCCGUCCACCCCUCACUUUCUUACAAAUUGGCACUGGCCAAUCAAAGUGCAGGACAAACACUUUGACCUUAGGUGUGAUUCUGUAUAAGAGAGUGCCCCGCCCCGACCUGCACCGCCUUGCUCACUGUUCACUGGGAGACAUGAUGAAGGGUCCAAGUUGAAGCCAGACGACAUGAAUGGUGUUCAGUUUAGAGACAUCCAGGACAUUCCCUCAAGUUAAUUUGUCAAAGGACAGACACUUCUUCUGACUCUCUUCAGAAUGAUCAGAUGUAGUCCAAACAAAUAUUCUGUUUAAUACGACAAGCUUAUUUUAGAUAAAUGAAGCAUAUUUAAUAAUAAAGCUUACCCCACCCCCACACCCCCGUUCAUACCCGGUUUGUGCGAGCUAAUAGAAAGGAACUCGGCCUCAUCAGAACCUGGAACAUUUACUUAAAGAGCUGUCUCACUUUUUUUUUCGGGGAAUUAAGGGACCUGUAUGAAGAAGACUGUUGAUCUAGGAUCAGUUUACGGAUAGCGGUUGCUGAUUCUCCAUCAGCAUGUUUAGUUGCACACUGUAGAUCUUUCGCGUCGUGUCUGAAGCGUAUGUCUUUGCUGCUGCUACACUCACUGUGAGGUGGCCGUGUGAAAUGUUGCACUCGCAGACGUCCCCGGGCGAAACCUACGUACGCUUCGUCUUUUCUUCCCGGCUUUGACUUCAGACUUCGAUGGAGACAGGCCAUCCUUGGAGACUAAACAUGUGAAAUUUGAUACGUCUUCAUUCCAGUGUGUUUGUUGUUAAAAACGGUUAUUUUUUAUGUCGUUUCGUUCGUUUCCAUGGACAGGCAGGCCUGCAGAUGUAGAUUUAUUUAUGUAGCUUUAAUUUUAUUGUGUGUUUGUGUGUGAGAGAGAGAGAUUUUUUUUUUUCUCUUCACCCCGCUGAGAGGGUUAUUUUUAAGUGUUUGUUUUCUGUGAUUGCGUAAAUGGAUGAUAAGCUGUGUGUCCUUUGCACUUUUCUAAAGCAGAUUGAUGCAAACAAGCAAUUUGCCUUUCUAUGGACAGAACAUUUUGUCAGAGUGUUUAAAGCAUGACUUUAAAAAAAAAAAAAAGAAAAAGAAAAAAAAAGCCACAAUCACAACAAGAUUUAAAAUUUGCUACACAUUGAGAUAUGGCCAAAGGGGUAAAGCUAAAUAAAAAAAUUGAUAAAUAAAAAAAAUAAUUUUUGACGGCCUGCCCUAGUGAUGCACGAGACUACUUGUGUCUCAGUUAAAGCUCCAGCUCCAGUUCAGUGAUCGUCACACUGAGUGUUUGAAGGCUACAGUUACCCUUGCAAUCUGUUACAAUGAAGAUGCAUAUAAGGACUUGUACCUAAUGGCCUAUUUCUAUUUUGAAGGAUUGUAUUGUAUGUUUGUUUGUUUUUUCUUUCGAUCUUUCUUUUUAUUUCACUUUUUCUUUUUUCUUUGCCUUGUACUCUGUAAAGUCAUUAAGCCGAAAGCAUCCACGAUGAUGUUUAGGUUCUGUUGGAUAUGACCUGAUACGUUUUCAGAUGUUUAAACGGACUUAUUCUUGCCCACAUGCCGUGGACCGUGGUCAGUCCUCAUUUUACUCGGCAUACAAAAAGCGGCAAGUUUUUAAGAGUGCUGUAUUUAUUUUCGGGAGUUCCUUGUUUUAUACGAGAAUGUUACAAAACGGCUUUUCUUUCACAUGAUUGCUUUCAUUGUGGCACACUUGGAACUUUCCCCCCCCCCCCUGUUUAGGGCCUGCUAAAACUGAAUUCCUCCUCCCACAUCUCUCCUUCCCCAUCCUGGUUCGUUUCUUAGUUUGACUUCCUCGUAUCUCAUUUCCUUCCUUUGCCUUGCCUGCACCUUAAAGCCGUAGUAUAAACCAAUUCAACCGAGAACCAUCGUAGAAGCUUUUGGGAGACUCUUUUCACUUGUAAAUAGCUGUACAAAGAAAAUACUGUCUGUUUGCUAGGAGGCAUGGAGUUAAACAACAAAAAUGAGUUAUACAAUGUUUCCAAUGAAGAAAUAAAGGUUAAGAAAAAGAGAUUUUGAUAGAUGAAAUUCUGAAGAAAAAAAAUCUGUGUAAAAAUAUUUAAGACUGUAUAAUAUAAAAGGAGAAAGAGCUUAAUGUAUUUGUUGUGAAUAUGAAAAACUGAUAUAUUAAAGAAGUGCAUGAAAA